GCUGUUCUGAGCUCCCGUGCCUGGAAGUGUGAGGGGGCUACACUGCGCCCUCGUCUGGCUAGCCUGUUGCAGGGACUUGAAGUAGCUUUUCAACUCACCUGCUCCUAAUGAUUUAGACAUUUCAGCGAGCUUCAGCAGACUUCGGGAGCAUUAUUCUUUGUAGCUCCUGCAGUAAGAGGCCGGCUAGGCCAGACAACACUGCAGAGAACUCCAGCCACACGCUAAUACUUGCAUUUAGGAAGGCAUGGUGUGCGGCCAAGCCCCAUGUUUGUCUGCCAGGGGACAUUUCAGAGUACAGUGUGCCUCCAUAUUUUUGGACUCUCCUACCCCUGCAUUCCUGACAUAGUGACUCAGAGAUACAGCAGGACACAAAAGGAGCCCCUUAAAGACGAUCACUUAAUCAUUAAAAAAAUGUAGGCUAUACUGAGACUUCACUAAAAUCUGGAGUGGAUAGCGGCAUGUGUCCCUUUGCCCUGCGGUGAUGUAAGGAGAUGAGGAGUGAACGAGCUCAGAGACGUGCAGUCUGAGCAGCCUCUCUUAACCAUAAAUGGGAAAGCAUUGAAGGCAGCGAAGCGACCUAACGGCCACUGUCGAUGAUGCAGGACUAAAGGUCAACAUUUUUUUUGGGGGGUUGGGGUCUUUUUUUUUUUUUUAACCAUCUGCGCUCUCACACGAACACGGACCAUUGGCAGACUCCUGGUUCGCGGCAAGAUAUGACAUCAUGCAGUUUGACAUCACUUCCCUUUGAGGCAAGUCACCGCUGACUCGACUGGAGCGUGAAAACAUAGCCACGCAGGGGUUUGUGUGUGUGUGUGUGUGUGUGUCUGUGUUUGCAUGUGGGCACAUGACAUCACAGCGUCAUCACUGCCCUAUCUCCAUAGCCAAAGCUGUGCCUCUUGAAGCAGAUAUUAUGUCAGCAAGUGCCAUGCUAGCAGAGCUGCUGUGGCUGUUGUUGUUUUUGUUGUGGUAUUCUUGAUUACGUUCCUUUUCAUUCCUGUCAUUCUGCUUCUUGUGAGCUUAAAGAAGGGCAGCGUCAAGCAGCUGACGGAUUAAGCGAAAAAAAAGAGGGACUUGUGUGCCCAAUAUGAGGAAAGGCCACAGGGCGAGCAGCUCCUCUGAGUCCGACGAGAAUCAACAACAACAGUCGAAGGAUUCCUCAAGUCCGUCAUCGCCAUGUGGAAGUUCACUGGAUGAGGAUUCAUCGUCGGAUUCAGACGUGGAGGCAGAGGGUGUGAUGAAGAGGAGCCAGAGGUUCAGCAGCUCUUUCAGCCUUGAAGAAGAUAAUCAGCUACAGCCAAAGGAUGAGGACAGUGACGACGAGCUGUCGCAGAAGAACUCUAACGGAGUACCCAUCACAGAGCAGGUGGAAGCAGAAUUGGCAGCCGAGUGCGUUUUAUUGGAAAAACAGGACACUUUCUGUGACACGAUUCAACCUCCAAGGUCGGGCUUGUUCAGGCCUCAGGAGUUAUGGCUGGCAGUGACGAGAUGUCUCUCCCUACGAUGGCCCCCCUGUCUGUCAAUCAACAGACAGACGAGCAGGAAAUUAGCUUACCAAGCGGACCUCGACCAAUCCGAGGACACACAGUCGACCCUUAGCUCCGAUUCGACCAAUGAGAGCUCUUCAAACACGUCCACAUCAGACGACAGAGAUGUGACUUCGGCGAAACCCGAGGAAAAGGAAGUGAAAACUAGAGGUGUUAAAAGUGGUCCAGCUCGUUUUCUUGGGAUUUCUCGUUCCUCCCCCAGAUUGCCAAGAGCCAAACAAGCCACAGACUCCGUGUUGGCUUCAAUGAUCCUGGAAAAAGAAAUGUUUUUAAGGAUCGAGCUUGUAGACUCGGGCGACGAGAGGGAAGAUUUGCGCUACAGGGCAGAGUGGAAGCUGUCAGAGAGAACUAAGGAAUUGGCAGAGGGAGUCUGGCUUUCUCGGAGCCAAAAGUUGAUGGAUUGAACAUGAAGUUAACAACUUGGUUGCCUUUGUUGGAAUAGUAUUUAUCAUCCACCCAUCAAGCUAGAUUGCUUAUUGCAACUAUCAGUAAAUUGGUUAUUAUAAUCAUCAAAUCGAAGUUUGUUUUAUUCCUGAUUAAAAGCGGCUUAGAUUUCAAUGAGUAAUCAGUGAGAUUGGUUUUGCAUGAUGGCUGUGUGUUGAUCCAUGCGCUCGCUGUUGCUUACUAAUUAGAAAGGCUAUUUUCAGAAACGCAGCACAGUCGGAGUUAAUGUUUGUUUUUUCUGCCUUUCUGGAUCUCUCAGAGAACAUUUUAUACAUGGCUGGUUCCAUGUGUGGGAGGCAAAGGAGAUCUAAUAGACUAUGUCAUGUAUUAUAAAUAAAAGCCUCUUUUGAGA